AUGAACCACGCAGUUCCAAAAGACACUAUAGCCCGCAUUUUCCAGACUUGUUCCUUUAGCAAUGAGUCGACAAGAAUCACAGAAUCUUCUUUGACACUGAUAGACGAAUAUCUGACAAUCUUUGUUCGCGAAGCUGUGCUGCGCUCUAUAGAAAACAAAGAACGCGUAAAGGAAGAGGGCCGCGAUCAACUCAGUGACGAUCUAGUUUUGACACAUAAAGAUUUGGAAAGUGUUUCCGGCCUUUUGCUUCUGGAUAUGUAA